GUUUCUGAGGAGACGCCUCAUCUGGCAGUUACCACCGCGCUAGAAGCCUCCCGACCGGCCGCCUGCAUCACCAGCGUCACCAUGGGGGCUGUGCUGGGCGUCUUCUCCCUCGCCAGCUGGGUUCCCUGCCUUUGCAGCGGUGCAUCAUGUCUGCUGUGUAGCUGCUGCCCCAAUAGUAAGAAUUCCACGGUGACUCGCCUCAUCUAUGCUUUCAUUCUCUUCCUGGGCGCUGCUGUAUCCUGUAUCAUGCUGACAGAAGGGAUGGAAUCACAGCUGAAGAAGAUACCUGGAUUCUGUGAAGGGGGAUUUAAAAUCAAUGUGGCUGAUAGAAAAGUGGAUAAAGAUUGUGAUGUUCUGGUCGGUUAUAAAGCUGUGUAUCGGAUCAACUUUGCCUUGGCCAUCUUUUUCUUUGUCUUCUCUCUGCUCAUGUUAAAAGUAAAAACAAGUAAAGAUCCCAGAGCAGCUGUACACAAUGGGUUUUGGUUCUUCAAAAUUGCUGCCAUUGUUGGUAUCAUGGUUGGCUCUUUCUACAUCCCUGGGGGCCAUUUCACCACAGCUUGGUUCUUUGUGGGCAUGGCCGGGGCCUUUUUGUUCAUCCUCAUCCAGCUAGUGCUUCUGGUCGACUUCGCUCACUCUUGUAAUGAGUCAUGGGUAAAUCGAAUGGAAGAAGGAAAUCCAAGGUGCUGGUAUGCUGCUUUGCUGUCUGUCACCAGCAUCUGUUACAUCCUGUCCGUUGUCUUUGCCGGCUUACUCUACACUUACUACACCAGACCGGACGGCUGCGCAGAGAACAAGUUCUUCAUCAGUAUUAAUUUGAUCCUUUGCUUUGUGGUUUCUAUUAUAUCCAUUCAUCCAAAAAUUCAGGAACACAGGCCUCAGUCUGGUCUCCUGCAGUCCUCUGUCAUCACCCUCUACACCAUGUACCUCACCUGGUCAGCCAUGACCAAUGAACCCGAUCGUUCCUGCAACCCUGGCCUGUGGAGCAUCGUCACGCACAUGACGGCGCCAACCUUGGCUCCUGGGAAUUCAACUGCUGUGGUCCCUACCCCUGCUCCACCCGCAAAGAGUGGGCAUUUUUUAGAUGCAGAGACGUUCAUUGGGCUGACAGGUUUUGUUCUCUGCCUUUUGUAUUCUAGCAUCCGUACUUCCAACAACAGCCAAGUAAGUAAGCUGACUUUGUCAGGAAGUGACAGCGUGAUCCUCCGUGAUACAGCUGCCAGUGGCGGCAGCGAUGAAGAAGAGGGACAGCCUCGGCGGGUUGUGGACAACGAGAAGGAAGGAGUGCAGUACAGCUACUUCUUAUUCCACUUCAUGCUCUGCCUGGCUUCCUUGUACAUCAUGAUGACCCUGACCAGCUGGUACAGCCCUGAUGCAGAGUUCCAGAGCAUGACCAGCAAGUGGUCAGCUGUGUGGGUCAAGAUCAGCUCCAGCUGGGUCUGCCUUCUCCUCUAUGUCUGGACCCUUGUGGCUCCACUCGUCCUCACCAAUCGUGACUUCAGCUGAACCUCUGAGAAUUCAUAAAGAUAAGUCAUCUGGUGUUUCAUCACCAGGAAUGGGCCUGUCUGUCCCUCAGGAUUGCAGAUUGACAGCCUGGCUUUGAGGUUAGUGAUAUGGUCUAGGAGUUCAUCAGAGGCAACAGCAGUGGCUGCUACGUUUACCUGGUUGGAGCUAGCUGGGAGAAGACUUGUAGGCCCAUGUGGCCCCUGCCAGAUGUUUACUCUCUGGACUGUUCUUGUAAAGUACUUGGUUGGGAAAUAAAAGCUUCUCUUAUACAUCAAGGA